AAACAUUUUAAUCUUAAUUGAAAGAAAAUUAUCUUAAUUCGAAGUCGAAUGAAACAAAAACCAAAGAUGUUUACAUCCUAAUUGCAUUUCGUGGCUAAAAUACCUACUCGUACGAUAAAGAAAAAAAAAAUCGCUCCAAGGAUUAACAUAAUAUUAUUUACUCGAAGCUUUGCUUUCCACUACUGUACCUUACCUACCCAAGUAUAACCUUAUGUGGAAAAAACUCUUGGAAUCAUUUCGGUUACCGCUUUCGUGCCGAGCAGGCGUCAUAUUCGGUAUAGUGAUUUUCUCCUUAAGAUAAUCUCAUUGUGUAUUGAAUUUUUAAAGUAAUUUGGUACGUUUUAUACCAUUUCUAGCACUAUUGAACGUGCAAAAUGUUAAAAAAGUUGUGGUUUUUACCACCGCCUAGGCAUUUAGUCAUAUUAAUGUUGGCGACUAUGUGGCUAAAUUUUCAAUUUACCGAUGGAAAAGACACCUACACGUAUAAAAGAUUCAAAAGAUGGAGUACAACUUUACUUGCUAAACCAGUCGAACAACACGAAUGUAAAACUGAUUCUGACUGCAGUAGUAUUCCAAACACUUCGUGCGCUCUGGAUCCAGCGGAUAAAAGACAAAAAUGCCUGUGCGCUGAUUCAGCACCACCAGUAGCAGGAGACUGCCGAAAACUACCUAAAGUUCCUCUGUUUGUUCCAGCUCUGAAAACUCCGUGUAGCGCCGAUAUUGAAUGUUUACCAGGAGCCGAGUGCGUUGAAGAAACCGCCGAUGCCAGAAUAAGGGUUUGCCAAUGUAGAGAGGAAUAUGCAGAAGUCAACAAUACGUGUACGAAUGGUUGUGGUUUCUUACACGCUGGACCUAUGGCGAUCGCUUUAGGAGCUUCGUUUACAUUCUGGAGAUACUAUUGAAAAAGAUGAAUUACCAAUUUAAAGAGAGAAAAAAAAAACAAAAAAAAACAAUUACCAUAUUCCACUGGUUUUCAUUUUUACAUAAGUAUUAGUGCCAUGGUUUUGCUUCAACGAUUUCGUACUUAUAAAAUUUUUGUAAAUUACAACGAAGACAAUCUCUAAUGCCUUGUACCAAUUUUCUGGGGCACUGUUUGUAUAUUUUUAAGCAACACUUAGACUAAUUCACCGUUAGUUCGUUUAGCGAAACAAAACCAACAACGACGAAGAGAGUGAGUGAAUAUGUAAACAUGGUAUCGUUCAAAUUGGAAAAUUUUCGCAUUCUGUAUCAUAUUUUUAUCAUAAAUUGUGAAGAAAGCUACGUCAUUAUGUGUGUAAAAAAAAUUCUACCUACAGAUUUAAAUUAUUUAUUGUUGUAUAUUAAGAAUUAUGAUUUUCUUUGUACCAAUAAAAAAUUUUUAAAAAUU